AUGUCCCGAAAACUCCGACUCGGUAUCAUCGGGGCCGGUGAAGUUUUUCAGGUCUGCCAUGGACCGUGUCUCAUGCUUAUGCCUCACCUCUUUCAAAUCGAGUCCAUCUGCGACUUGUCAGCAAGCACAGUUGAACAUUGCGCCCAAAAGUUCCAUGUUCCCCACCAAACCAUUGCCCCUCAGGAGGUGAUCGAUCACCCGAACGUUGAUUGUGUCUUUAUCCUCACGUCCGACGAGAGCCAUGCGCCUCUUGUCAUUGCAGCUCUCCAAGCGGGCAAGAAUGUCUUUGUCGAGAAGCCCGUUUCUCUAUCGAUCGCCUCCGUACAGUCCAUCGUUGAGGCGGAGAAGAAUGCCCCAUCAGGGGCUCGAGUCUUCGUGGGUUACAUGCGCCGCUACGCGCCAAGCUUCGUGCAGGCAUUCAAGCGCGAGAUUGCGACUAUCCCCAGAAUUCUGUACGCGCGCGUGCGUGACUUUUGCGGACCAAAUCCGCACUUUAUCAGCCAGAGUGGUACUUUCCCAGUGAAGAACUCCGACUACCCAGCGAAUGCGACAGAGGAGCGGAGCUCACGCUUGAAAAGCCUCUAUGCAGAGGCUUUCCCCGACCAAGAGAUCACAGACGAGAAGCGCAAAAUUUGUCACUUCCUCGGAAGCCUGGGCUCCCAUGACAUCUCUCUUAUGCGUGAAGCUCUGGGCUUCCCCGAAAAGGUAGUUGGCGUGUCUGCAAAUGACCCCUUCUACAGCGCAAUCAUGACCUUCCGCAACCCAGAUGGCUCGACCUACUCCACGACUUAUGAGAGUGGUAUUGACAGCGUCCCCAUCUUCGAUGCGCAUAUGGCUGUGUACGGUGCCUCCAAGCGGGUCACAAUCAAGUAUGACAGCCCUUAUGUCAAGGGGUUGCCCAUCUACGUCGAAGUUGAAGAAGUCAAUGAGAAUGGCGAGAUACAAAAGCGCACACUUCUGUCGUCGUACGAGGACGCGUAUACCGCUGAGCUCCAGGAGAUGUACGAGGCUUUUACCAAUGGCAGGGAGAUCAAGACAUCGGUCCAGGAUGCAAGGAAGGAUCUAGAGAUCUACGACCUGAUGUAUCAAAGAUGGAUGGAGAACUAG